AUGGCCACUACCGAUCCAUUUGAAGACAUCCUCAACCUCGAGGAAGAGUUCUAUUCCGCCGGCUAUAAUCAAGGUCUCUCUGACGGUAUAACCGCCGGACGCAUUGAAGGGCGCACUUUCGGACUUGAAAAGGGAUUUGAAAAGUACGUUGAAAUGGGUCGAUUGCACGGGAAAUCCAUAGUGUGGGCCAACAGAAUUCCUUCUCUUCAAAAGCCAAAAAUUCCCACAGCCUCAAACUUAGAAAUUGAGCAAGAAGGUCUAGAAAGGAAAGAACAAAAAUCACAUGAUGUCAAAUUAUCCGAGCUGGCCAAAAACGAAAGAUUGGCAAAGCAUGUAAAAGUGUUUUAUGCAUUGGCCGAGGCAGAAAGUCUCUCAACGGAAAAUUCGGAAGAGGCGGUAGGGGAUUUUGAUGAUAGAUAUAAAAGGGCGGUGGCGAAAGCGAAGAUUAUUGAAAAGAUGGUUGGAGAGGGGCAGGGACAGGGAGGAGCAAAAAGUAGUGGGGAUGGGGCGAUUGAGGAUGUUAGUGUUAUGAAGGCUAGGUGA